AUGGAGCCAUCGCAGCUGCAGCAGGUGCAGCCAGCAUCACUCCUCUGGGCUCACGAACUCCGUCGCGAAAACGUCCAACUUGUGUCGCAGAUGGAUAAACUGAAUACGAUCCUCACGUCGGCUACGAAUACCAUUAGCACGCUGCACGAGAGUGUUGAGCUCCUGACCGCGCGCAUACAACAUCUAGAAGAGCAACACAAGCAACAACAGCAAGAGUUUGAGCACAAGAUUAUUGAACUCGAGAAUGACAGAAUGGAAACUCAGAACUGGGCAGUGAGACUUGAUCAGGCUUGUAAGGAUUUUGGCGAUCUCGCGAUGGACAAUCAGGCGUUACGGGGCAUGUUUAGCGGUACUUGCGCGAAGGUUGAUGCAGUUGAGGCAGAUAAUGCGACAUUGAGGGGGGAGGUUAAGGAGGUUUCGAAGAACGUUAAUACCAUUAAGAGUGGGAAUAAGACGUUGACGCGUGAGCUUGGGGAGGCUUCGAGGGGGCUCCAUGCGCUGGUAGCUGAGAAUGAGGCGUUGUUGAAGGGAGAGAUCCAGGGUGUUUCGGGGAAGGUUGAUACCUUGGAGACUGAGAAUGGGACGUUGAAAUGGAAUCUUGACAAUGUCAUUCGAACGUUUGGGAGGAUCGAGUGUGAGAAUGAGGAGGUGAAAGAGCGGGUUUGCGUGGUUGAGAAGGAGGCUGCGGUGCAGGAAAAACAAGUUGCGCGGGUGGUGAAGUGGAUGUCUAUGAGGACUAUGGGCGGGGAUAAGGAAAAAAGAGGGCCGAGGCGAGCUGCAGCAGAUCAAGAUCAGGACAUGCAUAUGCCAGACUCAAAUCCUACGCCAGCAUCACGACAAUCCGCUCGGUUAUCUUCACAACGGGUGGUCUCCGAGACGACUUGGGGUUCGUUGAGUGAUCUUGAUCGACCCUGUACUAGUGUUAGCAACAAAAAUUCCGGUCAUGGCUCACUACAUAAAGAUGAUAGGAAGAGCAAGGAUCAGAAGAUUCUUGAAUCAAUACGUCAGAAACGACGGACGCUGAAGGAGUACAUUUCGUCGACAGAUGCGCUUCGAGCCCGCCACACGUCUAUACCGGAGGAAGCACUUGUUAUGGCCUUCAUGGCUGGGUUGGAUGACGACGACCUGAGGAUGCAAGUAAUAGACGUUACGCGCCAGGCCGGCCUCUCAUGGGAAAGCGUGAUGUCUUCCGUGCAGAGUAAAGAACAAGGGCCCAUGGAACGAGCAGAGAACAAUAACAAUCGCGCUCCAGGACGGCGAAAUGUAGCCACUAGAACGACGGGAAAACGCAAGGAAAACAGGAGACGAACGAUACCCAUUGUGCCGGCUGAUGAGGAGGAUGAGCUUUUUGUUACAUGA